CCCAGUCGCCGGGGAAGCGGGCGGUCAGUACGGGCUCCGGCCGUUCCAAGGCUCCGAGCGCCCGCCCCCGGCCCCGGCGCGGCCCCAGCCCGGCCCCUAGCCCCCGCUGCCCACGAGCGCCCCGGAUCGCCCCCACCGAUCCCGGGUCCGAGCCAUGUGCCGCUGAGCGCCCCGAGCGCGCCCCCGCCCCGGAUCCGAGCGGCUUCGCCCCCCCUCCCACCGGCGCCGCCCAUGGCCGAGGCCCCCCCGCGCCGCCUCGGCUUGGGCCCCCCGCCCGGGGACGCCCCUCGCGCCGAGCUGGUGGCGCUCACGGCCGUGCAGAGCGAGCAGGGCGAGGCGGGCGGGGGCGGCUCCCCGCGCCGCCACGGCCUCCUGGGCAGCCCCCUGCCGCCGGGCGCGCCCCUCCCUGGGCCGGGCUCCGGCUCGGGCUCCGCCUGCGGCCAGCGCUCGUCCACGGCGCACAAGCGCUACCGCCGCCUGCAGAACUGGGUCUACAACGUGCUGGAGCGGCCCCGCGGCUGGGCCUUCGUCUACCACGUCUUCAUAUUUUUGCUGGUCUUCAGCUGCCUGGUGCUGUCCGUGUUGUCCACUAUCCAGGAGCAUCAGGAAUUUGCCAACGAGUGUCUCCUCAUCUUGGAAUUCGUUAUGAUCGUGGUGUUUGGCCUGGAGUACAUCAUCCGCGUGUGGUCCGCUGGCUGCUGCUGCCGCUACCGAGGAUGGCAGGGCCGCUUCCGCUUCGCCAGGAAACCCUUCUGUGUCAUCGACUUCAUUGUGUUCGUGGCCUCGGUGGCCGUCAUCGCCGCGGGCACACAGGGCAACAUCUUUGCCACAUCUGCGUUGCGCAGCAUGCGCUUCCUGCAGAUCCUGCGCAUGGUGCGCAUGGACCGGCGCGGAGGCACCUGGAAGCUGCUGGGCUCCGUGGUCUAUGCGCACAGCAAGGAACUGAUCACCGCCUGGUACAUUGGGUUCCUGGUGCUCAUCUUCGCCUCCUUCCUCGUGUAUCUGGCUGAGAAGGAUGCCAACUCGGACUUCUCCUCCUACGCUGACUCGCUCUGGUGGGGGACGAUUACACUGACCACCAUCGGCUAUGGUGACAAGACACCACAUACCUGGCUGGGCAGGGUCCUGGCUGCUGGCUUCGCCUUACUGGGCAUCUCCUUCUUUGCCCUGCCUGCUGGCAUCCUCGGCUCUGGCUUCGCCCUGAAAGUACAGGAGCAACAUCGGCAGAAGCACUUUGAAAAGAGGAGGAUGCCAGCAGCCAACCUCAUCCAGGCUGCAUGGCGCCUGUAUUCCACUGAUACCAGCCGGGCCUACUUGACAGCUACCUGGUACUAUUAUGACAGCAUCCUCCCAUCCUUCAGAGAGCUGGCCCUCUUGUUUGAGCACGUGCAACGGGCCCGCAAUGGGGGCCUACGGCCCCUGGAGGUGCGGCGGGCGCCAGUACCCGACGGAGCGCCCUCCCGCUACCCACCCGUUGCCACCUGCCACCGACCAGGCAGCACCUCCUUCUGCCCUGGGGAAAGCAGCCGGAUGGGUAUCAAAGACCGCAUCCGUAUGGGCAGCUCCCAACGGCGGACAGGUCCUUCCAAGCAGCACCUGGCACCUCCACCAAUGCCUACCUCCCCGGGCAGCGAGCAGGUAGGCGAGGCCACCAGCCCCACCAAGGUACAGAAGAGCUGGAGCUUCAAUGACCGCACUCGCUUCCGGGCUUCUCUGAGACUCAAGCCCCGCACCUCUGCGGAGGAGGUCCCCUCAGAGGAAGUAGCAGAGGAGAAGAGCUACCAGUGUGAGCUCACGGUGGAUGAUGUCAUGCCUGCAGUGAAGACAGUCAUCCGCUCCGUCAGGAUUCUGAAGUUCCUGGUAGCCAAAAGGAAAUUCAAGGAGACACUGCGACCAUACGAUGUGAAGGACGUCAUUGAGCAGUAUUCAGCAGGACAUCUGGACAUGCUGGGCAGGAUCAAGAGCCUACAGACUCGGGUGGACCAGAUUGUGGGUCGGGGACCCGGGGACCGGAAGACUCGGGAGAAGAGCGACAAGGGGCCCUCCGAGGCGGAGGCAGUGGAUGAAAUCAGCAUGAUGGGACGCGUGGUCAAGGUGGAGAAGCAGGUGCAGUCCAUCGAGCACAAGCUGGACCUGCUGCUGGGCUUCUACUCGCGCUGCCUGCGCUCCUCCGGCACCUCAGCCAGCCUGGGCACCAUGCAAGUGCCGCUCUUUGAUCCCGACAUCACCUCCGACUACCACAGCCCCGUGGACCACGAGGACAUCUCCGUCUCCGCACAGACGCUCAGCAUCUCCCGCUCGGUCAGCACCAACAUGGACUGAGAGGCUUCUCCGGGACGGGACGGCACUCGGCCGGCCCCUCGGCCAGGAGGCCACGCCCGCCCUCUGAGGCCUCGGGCCUCCUCUCUUACUUGAACUCGCUCCCUCGCGGGGAGAGAGGCCACACGCAGUAUUGAGCUGCCUGGGCGGGCGGCGUAUCUGCCGCCGGUGGCAGGCCCCCCAGGAGCAUGAGAUGCCAGGCCAUGUGGAGGGCUAUAGCAGCGGCUGCCCCAUGGCCUCUGGGCUCCCCAGUACCCUGCCUGCUCCAUCAAGGCUUGACCUGGCCUGUCUGGCAGGGCUUUGUGCUGAGAGUGGGAGUGGGCCCUGGGCCCUGGGCCCUGACACAGCUUCCAGCUAUGCAAGGCGAGGUCUCUGACCUGCCCUUCGGGCAGAGCAGGGAAGCCCUCCUGCCAAGUCCCCACCCCUCUUGGGGAUGGGCCCAAGGUGCCCAACAGGUACCCACAAAGCACAGGACCCAGCCACAAGGCAGAUGGGCACCACAUAUGCAAACUAUGUUAAAUAUGCAACUUGGGGACCCCCAUGGGGUCCCCUCUGCCUCUCCUCCAUUGGGAGAUGGGCUCCAGAAGUAGCUGGUCUCAGGCUGCUCGGCCCUGACCCCAUCCCUAUUCUUUGGCUUAUCACUCCAUCCUCCCUCAGCAUGGGGCCUGGUUCUCCCCUGCCCUC